CCGCCUCUUGCUUCUCGAGAACACCCUGAAGUGUGUCGAGCACACCCUCGCACGCACGCUCUUCACGAAGGAGAUGGUAGCACUGCUGCGGGUGACAGCUGUAGCCGCGGCUUUGGCUGUAGUUGUCAACGCAGCCCAUCCAUCGGCGCUCUCGGUUCAGCUCACCAGCAACAAGAACCAUGCAGGACGAGGAAGGAAUAUGCUCAGCGCUGCCGCCGGCAGGAGGCUAGGCGAAGGCGGCGGGGUGGGCACGGUCGACGUCAAUGACUGCGAGAACAUGGAGUACACUGGCGUUAUCUCCCUGGGAACUCCGCCGCAGGAGUUUAGGGUAAUUUUUUCGAUCGCGACCAGCUACCUCUGGGUCGCCAACACCGAUUGCGAGUUUUGCGGGUCGCCGAGCGGGGGCUACGAUGCGUCCCUUUCGAGCACGUACGAGGCUGAUGGGUCGCCUUUCUCCAUCGAGGACGCAUACGACUACACGAUAUUGACAGGAUUCCUGUCGAAUGAUGUGUUGACGAUGGGAGGAAUGUCGACGGCCGUGACCUUCGCCGAGAUGACGGAGGCGGAGCUAGAAGGCUGCACGGAGGUGGACGGGGAGAUGGGUAUGGGCCUCACGAACGACGAGGAGACGAACGCCUUCGAAGACAUGGUUGAGGCGGGCGUCGUGGGGCUCCCGAUAUUUUCCUUUUUCCUUGGCAACAUGGACGCCAGCGAGGGGCCACACGGCGUGCUUACGCUGGGGGGUGUCAACCAGACGCACUACGAAGGCUGCCUGGAGUGGGUCGCGACCUCGGAUGCCCUGGAUGGGACCUCAGAAUUGCCAGGCGCCGUGCCGGAAGGAUUCUGGUCCGUCGGUCUCAGGGACAUCAAGUACGGGUCGGAGAGCAUGCUCAGUUCGCGGGCAGCGGCAAUCCUAGACACGGGAGCCUCCUUAAUCCAGGGGCCUUUCGAUGACGUGGCGAUGAUUGCCGACAUGAUCGGUGCCAUGUGCAUCAAGUUCACCGAGGUUAUGGAGGCCUCCUCCUCGUCCUCUGCUGAUAUUAUCGAAUGCAUGAAUGACCCUCGCGAGGUGGAGUUGAUAUUGGUGGAGUGUGCCACUGACUUCGACGACAUCAACUUCUUCUUCGGCGGGGACGACUUCGCGCUAACGGAAACGGAGCUGCUCCAACCCUUGACUGACUUCGCAUCCACGGAUUCAGUGUUCGACCCCAUGUGUAUCUUCGGCAUGAUCGGGGCAGACCUGACUGACACUUGGGUCCUGGGCGAUCCCUUCCUGCGCACCUUCUACACGGCGUACAACGUGCAGACCCAAACGGUAGGGAUAGCCAGGGCCACAGGCAGCCGCACCGGCGAAGCGUGCGAGGCGGAUGCCGCCCUCGACUCAGGGGCACCAUCAGCGGCUGUUCCUGCGGACGGUGACGACGAUGGCGCAGGGUUAGGCGUUGCGAGCGCCCCGGAGGGCGCAAACAGUAGCGAGGUGGUGGAGGGGGAGACGAGUGUGGUGACCGUUGGCGUGGUCGCGGGCCUGGGAACGAUGGCCUUGCUCGGCCUCGGUGUGGUGGCGCUGGCGGUGCGGCAGCGCUGGAAGAGAACGGGGGGAGGCGUGUACCGGUCUGCCAUGAGCCAGGUCGGCGGCGGCGGCGGGAGCGGGGGGUUCGAGAUGUCGAAGGGGAUGUCCUCUUCCAUGGCGGCGCGUCACGGGGAGGAGGCCGUCGAGCGCGAGGAGGAUUUCCUGCAGGCCUCGCCCUGCGACAGCAGCUUCCGCUCGUCGUCCAAUGCCUCCGCAGGAAGUGGCGGCCGCUCGAAGAGGGUCAUCCGCACGGGGCAGGGCGGAGACGAGGUCGCGGCGGGCGGGACCGCUACCGGCGCCGGAGCGCCGGGGGUGUUCGGGAGACUGCUCGGAGGGGCCCCCGCGCGGGCGGGUUUCGCCGCCUUUGAGGACGCUGACGACGGGGAUGCGGGGGUACAGUAGGAGUAGGAGUAGCACGAACGUACGUAGCGCGAGUAGGGAGUGCGGCACAAAAUGGUACGAAGUAAGACGGAAGUAGGGCGGCGGGUUAUGGUGCAUGUCAGUCACAGCAGUAGGCCAACGGUUUUCCAUGUGGACGACGCGAGCGGCUCGUGGCGCCUCGUAUCUCUUCUUGAUUCUGAGCGUUGUUGUUGUGGUUGUUUUCGUUUCAUGCGUUCGGAGUGCUUGCUUCCGAAAUUUUUUUGUUGACUGCGCCGGCGCGUGCAAGCAAUGUCUUGCUUUCUGGCAUUUUUUUUUUGUUUGUGGUGGAAACUUAAAUUUUUGGUUUGUAUGCAUACCCAAAACUUGUUUCAAAAUGAAUGUCGUCAGUACGGCCUUAGGGUGUUUGAUACACAUAUGUGGUUUGGGCUUGGCGACUGUUUGUUUUCGCCUCUCUUGGUUGGUUUUGGUCGGAUUGAUUUGAGGAACAAUCUUACUACCCUGAUCAAGUCUUGUUGUUGGUUGGGCGAAAGGGUGGGCACGGCGGUGUCCGUUAAUUGUAGCGCAACUUGUAGCGGAGCCAUACGUGACCAACAGGUACACUCCUGAUUUUCAUGCGUGAUGCGUGAGCUUUAAACUUUCCAUGUUAAUGAAGUGACAAAACACGCCGCCACGACUUGAGGACCUCUUAUGUUUUGGACGAGGCUCAUAUCUUUCGUAAGAGUAUGUUGUAAGGGUACACCCAUCAUGGCGACUGUAUGGGUUUUAGUGGGCCUCUUGACUGAACACGCACCUGUUCUAUCGGCGUUUCGGCAUUGUUGAGGCUCAAGUUACAAUAAGUUCUUGGACUUUGUGGUUUUCUGCACUCGGGGUCCUUCGGGAUUGCCGAUGCUCGGUUCAUUAGCUAGACUAUUCAUCAUGCGGUAAACAUUUGUGGCACCGGUAACAGUAAUAUAACGAUGGCAAUAGAACCAGGAACAAGUCAAAACAGAGGCGAAGAGGAACUUCCCGUACCCUCUGUUGUUUGGGUUGCCACACCAAUAUAGGUAAAGAAAGAUUCGC